UAUCUACUCAGAAUUACAGUUUAGUUUUCGUUGCAACACCGUAUAGCUCGUUAUUCUUACCGAUAGUCACUUACAAAAUGCCAAAAAUUAUUAAUUGUAGUGCUCGUCUUCGCAAUUUUGUAAAAGAAUUUGGUGAAGACAUUUUUUCUUGUGACAAUGCUGUACUUUUUUGCAAAGUAUGUGGUGUUAAAGAAUCUGCCGAAAAAAAAUAUAAUAUUCAACAACAUAUCGCUAGAGGUAAACAUAUCCAGCAGCUAAAUAUUAGAAAUCAACAAGAAAAACCAAAAUCUCAGCUUCUAGUCACAGGUAUGUCAAUGAAGUCAUCAUUCAACGAAGAACUGUGUAAUGUUUUUUUGUCCACAAAUAUCCCUCUCACUAAAUUAAAUAUACCAACAUUUCGCGAUUUUCUGCAUAAACAUACAAAACAAAUUUUUACUGACGAGUCUACGCUUCGAAAAAACUAUAUAGAUCAAUGCUAUACAAAUACUAUUAUUAAAAUUAGAGAUUACGUCAGGAACAAAAAUGUAUGGGUGUCAAUAGAUGAGACUACUGACGUUGAGGAGCGAUAUGUAGCCAAUGUUAUAAUUGGUACAUUGGAAGUAGACAAUCCUGGAAAAAUAUUCCUACUUAACUCAGAGGUGUUAGAAAAAGCCAACCACUCUACUAUAUCUAAAUUAUUUGACAGAUCUCUUUUUAUAUUAUGGCCUGAAGGUAUACUUUAUGACAACGUUUUACUUUUUGUGUCGGAUGCGGCACCAUAUAUGGUAAAAUCAGGAAAAUCUUUACAAGUUCUUUACUCAAAAAUGGUGCAUAUAACUUGUUUGGCACAUGGCCUACACAGAGUGGCAGAACAGAUCAGAAUAAAUUUUCCAGAAAUUAAUAGUUUAAUAUCAAAUAUUAAAAAAGUUUUUUUAAAAGCUCCAUACCGUAUAAAUUUGUUUAAGAAUUUGGCUCCGGGUAUUCCUCUACCUCCAGAACUAAUUAUUGCCCCUCGUUGGGGCACUUGGUUAAAUGCCGUAAACUAUUAUUGUGAACAUUUUCUACAUAUCAAAAAUGUUAUACUUCAAUUGGACUCAGAUGAUGCACUGGCUAUUAAAAACGCUAAAAAAUUAGUCGAAAACCCAGAAAUUGAAAAAAAUUUAAUCUACAUAAAAAGUAAUUUUGGAUUUUUGGCUACUGAAAUUACACGUUUAGAAACAUCUGGGAUGCUAUUAUCAGAAUCCGUGUGUUAUAUAGAAAAGGUUAAACAACAAAUUAAACAAGCUUUGGGAAAAACGGGAGAAACAGUUACAAAAAAACUUGAUGAUGUACUAAACAAAAAUUCGGGAUUUAAAAUUCUUACCAUAAUAUCAAAUAUUCUAAAAGCCGAAAAAGUAUCAAGAGAGGAACUUCCUGAAGACUUAACAUGUGAUGAUUUAAUCCAUUACAAAUUUGCUCCUAUUACAUCUGUUGACGUCGAACGUAGCUUUUCAAAAUACAAGCAUAUAUUGUCCGAUCGUCGUAGAAAAUUUUUAUUUGAAAACUUGAAAAAAAUUUUGAUUGUUCAAUGCAACUCCGAUGAUAUAGAUUAAUAAUUGUGGAAGAAUGAAAACUCGGAGAAGCAGGGUUUUUAAUAAGUUUAUUAUAAUACCUUUUUUUUUUAAAUCAUUUUA